CAAACCCCUCGCGCCACCAUCAGGAUGACGUCACUAUUCUCAUACAAACGGAGAUACGCACCGAGUUUCAAGACGAGGUGGGCGAGUGCUCCAAUGCGGUAAAACAUUAAAUAAAUACAGAGCACAAAGAAAAUAAUUGGGACUGUCUCCUUAUAGAGGAUAUAAUUCAUCAAAAGACGUCAUUGAAGAAAAAUAGGCCAGGCGUCUCUCAUAUCUAGCAGAUGAAUUCUGAGCAACCUCCUCCGUACCAGGGCCCAGGACCCACGGCCCCUGGUUACCCCGUCCAGGGAUACCCUCAGCAGGGAUACCCUCCUCAAGGAUACCCUGUCAACAUGGAGCAGCCGGGAGGAUACCCUCCUCAAAACCCAGCCUACCCUAACUACCCAGCUGGCCCCGGGGGCCCUCCAGGACCCUACCCUGGCCCGUACCCCGGUCAGGGACAACCAGGAGCCUACCAGGGCGGGUACCCAGGACAGCCUCAGUUUGGAUGGCAGGGAGGACCGCCCCCAGGGCCCAUGUAUGGUGAGGCCCCAAAAAACACAGUGUAUGUGGUGGAGGAGAGGAGGAGAGAUGAUACAGGGGACACGUGUCUGACGGCCUGUUGGACAGCCCUGUGCUGCUGUUGCCUCUGGGAUAUGCUCACAUAGCCUCUGACCGUCAUACCUGACCUACCUAUAACCCCUGUCCCAGUCUCUCAUAACACACUUUUCCUUCAUCUGGCCUUAGUCCUAAACUCAUAACUGUCCUUUUUAACACCCCCCCCCACCAUCUAACUGUUGGCCUUAAACACUCCUGCUCUCCCGCCCACUGUCCGGUACCCCUGGGCCAUGGCACCACUCUGUAAACCUAACGUGUUGUGCUUCUACUGUUGGCCUGCCUAGUCCUUUCCUCUAGCACUUUAGUUAUGUUCCCUAAAUAUCAGGCGCUGUACUCUACUUAUUGCUUCUGGUGAACAUGUGCUCAAACACCACACAAAACAAUAUGCUCUCAGAUCUCAGGCAUUCUACUGUAGAUGACAUGAACACACGCACAGACAUACAAACACAGGGAUGGGUACCGCUUUACAGUUUCCAGUUCCAGAGGAACAAUUUCAGGUCCUCGAUUUCAAACUAUUGCUUAUUUUGUUUCCUGUCAAAUAUUUACAGUUUCAAGUAAUAUUUGUUUAUGUAUUUUUAGUCUGAAGUAUGAAAACCGAGGCGACAGUAAGGACUUCUUUCCCCUAGGCACAGUAGAAUAUGGAAAAGAACAAAUGGAAAAUGUCUGGCUUUUAUGGCAGAACAUGGGCUCUUCCGGAGCUAAUUAUGUCUACAACUGUUGAAAAUGCAUAGCUGGAGUAGAUGAAACCUCCAUUAACUUGUCAGACAGCUGUGAUGGUUUGACUGUAUCUCAACAUUAAUUGCUAAGUUAUUUAAAAAAAUUGUAUAAUCUGUGCGGUCCAGUGGAAAUAUACCUGUCUCCACCCUCAUUACCUGUCUCCACCCUCAUUACCUCGGUCUCCACCCUCAUUACCUCGGUCUCCACCCUCAUCACCUCGGUCUCCACCCUCAUCACCUCGGUCUCCACCCUCAUCACCUCGGUCUCCACCCUCAUCACCUCGGUCUCCACCCUCAUCACCUCGGCCUCCCCCCUUCACCUCGGCCUCCUCCCUUCACCUCGGCCACCUCCCUUCACCUCGGCCUCCACUUCAUCUGUCUCUAUAAUCCACUGUCAAGGGAAUUCUGCAAAAAAGAGAAACAUUGAUUUCAUAGUAAUCGGUUCCAACAGGAUUUGAUCGUUACCUAUAAUUUAACUAAUUUGGUACCCAUCACGACACACACAAGCACACGGACACACACACACACACACACAGAUCUCAGGCUCAUCUCUACUGUAGAUCUCACCACACUCCUGGGCACUUUAACACCUCUUACCUCUGCUGGGCACUUGUGCCUUCUCCCUACCUCCUCCUGACCUGUAUUCAUACCUCCUAUUCCUCAAGCCCUACCCCCUACAAUACCCUACCCACCACGGUGACCUAGUCCACAGGACGCCGGUCAGCUACUGUCCCCAAAGGGUGGGGUCUAAUUCCAUUUCAAUUCCAGUCAAUUCAGGAGGUACACUAAGACUGGGAUUCAUUCACACCUGCCAUGGUAAUGUUUACGCAGUGUCUUUAUUUACUAUAUUCCUACUGUCACACUUUUAACACUGAAAAGCAAACCUGUGAAGGGAGCAGCCCUCAGUAGUGUUAGGUGUUCACACAGGACCCAAUACCUGUGUGAGAGAUGAUUUCACCACUGGAAAAAGAGCUACUGCAUAAAUACUACAAUGCGGGUUUGAUUGAUUUGUGAAAGCGGUUCCAUGACUUUCAGUGAGGGAUUUUCUAAAUUUGGGUUAUUUUCAGAGUUGCGUGAACUGGAAUUGACCCCAACCAUGAACUCCCAGCUCCUUGGCCCCCCCCCCUUCCGACUACCCACCCCCGUGCCACCCC